UUGUUUUUCUUGCUAUGAUGGCAACUGGAGGAUAUCUCACCUCCAAAUGCGCACGAUGGCGUGUACUGCAAGGAUUUGGACGGACAACACGAAUGCUGAUAAUCCUGCUUCAUGUGGCUUUCAUGGUAGACGGUCAGAUUCGUUAUUCUAUACCAGAGGAGACGAAGAAAGGUUCUGUUAUCGGUAACGUAGCGCAGGAUCUAGGUUUGGAUCUGAGGAGGCUCCGUUCAGGGCGGGCCCGUAUCGUGAGUGGAGAAAACAUCCAGUACACCGAGCUGAAGACAGACAAAGGGACUCUAGUCGUGAAUGAGAGAAUAGACCGAGAGGAGUUAUGUGGAGACACGACACCGUGUAGCUUCAGCUUUGAGGUGAUUAUGGAGAACCCCAUGGAAUUGCACAGAAUAACUCUAAUAAUCCAGGACCAGAACGACAACCCCCCUCAGGUGCUGUACCCGGUCCAGACUGGAGGCUCAGUGGUGGCUGAGAUGGUUCCUCGUGCAGCAGAUGUGGGCUAUCUGGUGACUAAAGUGGUGGCUGUUGAUGUGGACUCUGGACAGAAUGCCUGGCUGUCGUAUAAACUGCAGAAAGCCACAGACAGGGCGCUGUUUGAAGUGGGCUUACAGAAUGGAGAAAUCAGAACUAUCCGCCAAGUGAGUGAUAAAGAUGCUGUGAAACAAAGACUGACUGUUAUAGUGGAGGACAACGGGCAGCCGUCUCGUUCAGCUACAGUCAUUGUGAACGUGGCGGUGGCGGACAGCUUCCCUGAAGUGCUGUCAGAGUUCACUGACUUUACCCACGACAAGGAGUACAAUGACAACCUGACUUUUUACUUAGUGCUGGCUUUGGCUGUGGUGUCCUUCCUCUUCAUCACGUGUUUGGUGGUUAUUAUCUCAGUGAAAAUCUACAGAUGGAGACAGUCUCGCGUCAUGUAUCACUCAAAUCUGCCUGUGAUUCCAUAUUAUCCACCACGUUACUCAGACACUAUGGGCACAGGGACUCUGCCGCAAGUGUACAAUUAUGAGGUGUGCAGGACGACUGACUCCAGAAGGAGUGACUGUAAGUUCGGCAUAGCUGGUAGUCAGAACGUGCUAAUAAUGGACCCCAGCUCUACAGGGACCAUGCAGCGGAUACAGAGUGAGAAGAGCAUCCUGGAUGAACCAGACUCUCCUCUGGAGUUUCAGCACCAUGGACAGCACCUCAGUUGUUUGUAG